UCUCUCACGUCUAUCAAUAGUGGUUUCCCUAAACACCCUGCUCAUAGCGCAUUGACAGCGCAACUGUCGUGAUUUUAUCCCAUGAGCUUCACCCUGGUCACCACCUCUCGCAGUCCGGCUUCACAGAGUUUCCACGCUGAUUUCCCUCCAUUCUAUUUUCAAUGUAGUCAAUAAUUUCCAUGGUCCUUGAAGAGCUUGUUUAUUGCAAUAUCAGGAGACUGAAGAUGGGCAGUCAUUCCCGCGGGAACCUUUAUUUGGCUGUUUUUCUCUUUUGAAGAAGUUAUUUGUGUCCUCAGCUGUCCGUGCUGGCUGGAUUCCAGACUAGCAGAGCUCUUCGGCCACCUUGCAAAACAAGCAGCAGCAUUAAAUCAACCCGGUUCCUUAUAACUGCUUGUGUGCAUCUUUUUCAGUUUCAAGAAUAUAAAUGCCUGAAACACUUUCAAUCUUGUCCUUCUUGCUCUCAGUAAUGAUGAGAGGUGGGGCUUUAUUUCCGUCCAGAUGAAUUGCCAAAAUACGAGUAACACGUGCACUUUCAUAACCAGGGGAGGGAAUGUAGACUGAGGAGGCACCCGGCUGGCCGACUGUCGUGCGAGAUCCUUGGCCCAUAAACUCUGCAGUUGCAUCCCCAGCAAUCCUGGUGGAAGGUUGGUAUUUAGAAAAGCCGAUGCCAUCAACAACGAACUUGAAUGCAAGUGCACGUUUAGUAACUUCAGCAUCUUCCAGCUUAGACAGUGUUGCUGAUCGGCUUAGAGACAGUUCCCAUUGCUGGAGGGACCGUCCGGCCAGUGCUGCGAUGCUUUGAGUUCUUCUGGGGAUAUUUCUAACUGUGGCGCCAUUGCAAAGACAAAUUCUUGCGCGUCAGCCCUGCACACAGCCAAAGCCUUUGCCAAUCUGGGUGUGUUGGCGCUCGCCAGCCUGUAUUGUUUUGGUUCUUGUGGCAUCUUCUGAGUGUGAUUCUUUUGGGGGUGUCUGUUUUUCUUGGUGAAGGUCUGUCUGUCCUGCUGCAUUCUAUUGCCAAUUAAUUUUACUUUUUUACAUGUGUAGCUACCUGGACACUAUUUAAAUUGACUUUUUUUAUGAAAUGUAACCAGGGCUUAUUUUUUGAGUAGGGCUUGUGUUUUGAACAUCCUCAACAAUCUCAAAAAAUCAGACCAGGGCUUCUUUUCGGUGUAGGUCUCAUUUUCAUGGAAAAAGGGUAGAGAUGGCUACAGCUGUAUACAACAUAAAAUAGAUUCUGUAUCAAGUGUUUGAACCCGAACCUUUUUCCUUACACUCUCUUCAUAAUUUUUAAGACAGUUUUGGUAUUUUUCCGGGCAAAGGGUUUCAAUGUCAUGUUUUUGAAUGAAAUCAAAAGUCCCACAUCCAACAACUUCUCCUGCUUCUCCCACUUCCUCAGAGGCUCAUGUCUGAUGAAGUAAUGAUCUAAUAAGCUCUAAGUGAUCAACCUAUCUAAUAAUUAUCUUUAUGCAAGAGCAUUUUUUAAAAUACACUUUAUGAACCAGAGGAGGUGAUUUUCAUACUUCUCUCUCACGUCUUUGAUGCUGCUCACACCAAACGAAGUGAAAGCUGCUGUCUGGUGGUUUAAGCUUUUGUGUGCUGCUGAAUGAUGACAAACACCAGCAGAUACCCCAUGUGUGCUGUGCGAAAACCGUGAAGCUUUUGGUUCUUGGCUGAUCUGGAACAGGAUCUCACUUUCACGCUGUAGAACUGUCAAUAGCGGCUUCUCCAGUCAGAAAUGAGUCACAUUGCGUGUGCACAUUUGCAGGCGGUGGUCGAGCUCCUCGAACACGGGGCUGACCCCAACCUGCCGUUGAGCAGAGCGGUGGGAAGUGCCCUGUGUGCGGCCGUGAGCACAGCCUACGAACAGCAGAGAACAGCAGCGCAGAGGAUCGCCUUGGUUGAUAAACUGCUUGAAGCUGGCGCCAAUAUCCUUGCACCGGUUCCUCUUCGGGAAGGACAGACCAAAGCUGUGGGAACAGCUGUUGACUAUGCCUAUUUUAAAUAUUAUCAGGAUACGAGAAUUGCUCACACACCGUACCACGUACUGUCAGCAUCUGAGCAGGAGGUUCUUCAAACACGCCGAUCGCUGCUGGAACACAUUACAGUGAAGCUCCGUGAGUGUGUCAUCCUGAAAGAGAAAGAGUGGGAUCAAGAAAAGUUGAGAAGAUCCAAGAAAUUGGAUUCAGCUGUUCACACACGUGUUUCAAAGAAGAAAGGAGGCAGCCUUUGUGUGGAAGAAGUGAGACUACCAUUCUUCAAGUACUGCUACCAGUGUGGCCGCUCGGUCGGUGUUCAGCUGUUGCCGUGCACGCGUUGUCACGAAGUCUUCACCUGCAGUGAGACCUGCAGAAGGAACGCCUGGAGCCAGCGGCACAGGCAGGAGUGCUCGGGGUCGCUGGAGAAGCGUACAAGUCAAGCAGCUCCGGACGUGAGCAGGGCAGGAUUGAAAAAGAAUGUCACUGGCAAAAAGGGGGAAAAGGGAAGAGAAGGAAAAGAGGACAGAAGAGGUGGAACAAAGAGUAAAGCUGGGACUGGAGGAAGAGAGCGGCACAGGAAGAACAACUGACUUGUUUCAUGUUGCUCCUGCUGUUGUGAGGACAGGUGUUAAUACCGCUGCACUUUGUGUGUUGUACUCCACUUCUGCUGAAGUUAAGUGAUCUGAUGUGUUUUGAGAAACUAAACCCAAAGCAUCUCCCUAAGAUACCAUGUGGCUCGAGGAUGAUAAUGCCAUCAAAAAGUAGUGUGUGUUACGUAUUUAAGUAAAUGUCUUCAGUUAGAAGUACAGUGAACCUCAGAUUGAUUUUAAUUGUAUAAUGCUACAUAUAUGUUUUAAAAAGCAAUAUUGCCCAUUAUUAAACUUCAUUACGACUGUUCCCUCCUGUGGGAAACACAGGGCCUGUUUGGCAACUGGACUUGCUCUCUAGGGAGUUAUUUUGCUUCAUGGGGGGCUCAGAUCUGGGAUCCUGGGGAGAGUUUGCUGAGGACUGUUCAACCCUUAGACUGUUACCCCUUGAUUUAGCCCACAUGGGCACUGACAAUCCUGCCAGGAAAGUCUCCGAGCAUAUAAAAUGUGACCAUGUGGCUCUGGGGGUGAGAGUCAAGGUCAAGGGGGCCCAGAUGGUUUUCUCCUUGAUCCAAGUGGAAAGGCUUAAGGAAGAGUGGCUGGGUCUUGAAGUUCAGCACCUUGUUGUGCAGCUGUGUCACUGACCAUGGUUUGACUUUAAAACCGCAGGACCACACAGGGGGUCAAGGACCGGUGGGGAGGGGUGGAAUCCAUCUGACAAAGUCACCAGCUGGCCAGCUUGAGGAGACUAAGAAUAAUAGGAGGGAAAUGAUGGCCCACAUUCACGUGAGAAAGUGGUGGACUGGCCUGGUAAGCAAAGGUGUAGAUUGAUGCGGUUGAGAGUCCUCCAGGUGAAGAGAGCGAGCGGAAUGGGGCCCACCUGUCAGCAACAUGCUGAGAGGACACGGGGGGUAGCUCGUCUUGAGAAACCAGCGCGACUGUUACACCCCGUGGAACCCCCGCCCACAGCAAAAGCCACACGCUCCCCCAGCGGGACGAGGCAGGAUCGGGAAACUAAAGGCAACCUGGGCUGAGGUAAGAACAGUUCAAUGGAACAGCGGAAAAAGAAACAAAGCAAACCAAACCAAACCCACCAAACAAAAAACCCCACGACAGUAACAACAAUGAUGAAAGAAUAGACAAAGCAAUGGAUAUACAGCACAACCUCUUGAAGAGAAGCUGCCAAAUUCAUGUAUACUAUGAUUAAAAAACGUACCCAUCAUUAACCAAUUGAUACAAGAUCAAUGCUUUCUGACCACCUGCAAAACGAGGGGAUAUUUUUCAAGUUUUAGAUCCUUCUGCAAGACAAGAGGGAGACAGAAGAUUAAGUGACUCAUUGUUUAGAAGCAGAGUGCUUAGUUUGUAUUUAACUAAUAAUUAAUAGACGUAUUUUAAGAAAAAACAACUAUAACUAACAUCAUCAAUUAUUUCUUAGUAUAGAUGUAUGUCAAAUUUUUCAAAAAUUGUAAUGCAUAUGUAAUAAUUAUGUGAAUAUAAGCAAUACAAGAGCAUCCAGUCGCUGGAGCACUGAUGGAGGAUGAUCCCCAGCGCUGACAAAAUAAAGAACGCUGCUUCACAGUGUAACUGACUCUGCUGUUCAGUCUAUUUCUUCGUUUUGCUCUCCCCACGUGGCGAUCCUGCCGCUGCCUCCUCCAGAGCUGCAGGUGGAUUCCUGCCUGCGGCCUGUGCUGGAACCAGCACCAAACCACACGGGCCAGAGAGAAGCGAGAGCGUCCGGACU